GUUUUCCCGCGGUUGGACGCGGGGCUCCGGUGCCGGGCGGGGGAGGGCUCGGCCGGCUCUUCCCAGGGGACGUUCAUAUCAUUUUUGUGACGGGAGCCGAGCGCGGACGGGGCGCGCCCCGAGGUGUGCGCGCGGCCCCCUGCCCCGCGGGCCUCCACUGCUCGCUGCUCCCGCCGUGGGAGCGCGUCAUGCCGCCCAAAACCCCACGAAGAGCGGCCGCCGCCGCCGCUGUGGAACCCCCGGCGCCGCCGCCGCCGCCCCCUCCCGAGGAGGACCCGGAGCAGGACAGCGGCCUCGAGGAGCUGCCUGUGGCCGGGCUUGAGUUUGAAGAAAGUGAAGAACCUGAUUUUGUUGCAUUGUGUCAGAAAUUAAAGAUACCAGAUUGUGUCAGAGAAAGAGCUUGGUUAAUAUGGAAGAAAAUUUCAUCUGUGGAUGGAGUAUUGGAAGGUUAUAUUCAAAAGAAAAAGGAACUAUGGGGAAUCUGUAUCUUUAUUGCUGCAGUUGACCUAGAUGAAAUGCCAUUCACUUUUACUGAGCUACAGAAAAACAUAGAAACCAGUGUUUAUAAAUUCUUUGGCUUACUGAAAGAAAUUGAUACCAGUAUCAAAGUUGAUAAUGCUAUGUCAAGACUUUUGAAGAAGUAUAAUGUGUUGUGUGUACUCUACAGCAAAUUAGAAAGGACGUGUGAGCUUAUAUAUUUGACACAACCCAGCAGUUCAAUAUCUUCUGAAAUAAAUUCUGUGUUGGUGGUAAAAGUUUCUUGGAUCACAUUUUUACUAGCUAAAGGAGAAGUUUUACAAAUGGAAGAUGAUCUGGUGAUCUCUUUUCAGUUAAUGCUUUGUGUUCUUGACUAUUUUAUCAAACUCUCACCCCCUGCAUUACUCAAAGAACCAUAUAAAACAGCUGUAAUACCUAUUAAUGGUUCACCUCGAACACAGCGAGGUCAGAACAGGAGUGCACGGAUAGCAAAACAACUAGAAAAUGAUACAAGAAUUAUUGAAGUUCUCUGUAAAGAACACGAAUGUAAUAUAGAUGAGGUGAAAAAUGUUUAUUUCAAAAAUUUUAUACCUUUUAUGAAUUCUCUGGGAAUUGUGACUUCUAAUGGACUUCCAGAGGUUGAAAGUCUCUCUAAACAAUAUGAAGAGAUUUACCUUAAAAACAAAGAUUUUGAUGCAAGAUUAUUUCUGGACCAUGAUAAGACUCUGCAGGCUGAUCCUAUAGAUAGUUUUGAAAUGCAGAGGACACCACAAAAAAGUAACCUUGAUGAGGAAGUGAAUGUGAUUCCUCCACAGACUCCAGUUAGGACCGUUAUGAAUACUAUCCAACAAUUAAUGAUGACUUUAAAUUCGGCAAAUGAUCAACCGUCAGAAAAUCUGAUUUCCUAUUUUAAUAACUGCACAGUGAAUCCAAAGGAAAGUAUCCUGAAAAGAGUGAAGGAUGUUGGCUGCAUCUUUAAAGAAAAAUUUGCUGAAGCUGUGGGACAAGGAUGUGUUGAAAUUGGAUCACAGCGAUACAAACUUGGAGUCCGAUUGUAUUACCGAGUAAUGGAAUCCAUGCUUAAAUCAGAAGAAGAACGAUUAUCCAUUCAAAAUUUUAGCAAACUCCUGAAUGACAACAUUUUUCAUAUGUCUUUGUUGGCGUGCGCUCUUGAGGUUGUAAUGGCUACAUAUAGCAGAAGUACAUCUCAGAAUCUUGAUUCUGGAACAGAUUUGUCCUUCCCAUGGAUUCUGAAUGUACUUAAUUUAAAAGCCUUUGAUUUUUACAAAGUGAUUGAAAGUUUUAUCAAAGCAGAAGCAAACUUGACAAGAGAAAUGAUAAAACAUUUAGAACGAUGUGAACAUCGAAUCAUGGAAUCCCUUGCAUGGCUCUCUGAUUCACCUUUAUUUGAACUUAUUAAACAAUCAAAGGACCGAGAAGGACCAACUGAUCACCUUGAAUCUGCUUGUACUCUCAAUCUUCCCCUUCAGAAUAAUCACACUGCAGCAGAUAUGUAUCUUUCUCCUGUAAGAUCCCCAAAGAGAAAAGGGUCAACAGCACGUGCGAAUUCUACUCCAAAUGCAGAAGCACAAGCAACCUCAGCCUUCCAGAUUCAGAAGCCAUUGAAAUCUACCUCCCUUUCACUCUUUUACAAAAAAGUGUACCGGUUAGCAUAUCUCCGACUAAACACACUGUGUGCCCGCCUUCUGUCUGAUCACCCAGAACUAGAACAUAUCAUCUGGACUCUUUUCCAGCAUACACUGCAAAAUGAGUACGAACUCAUGAAAGACAGGCAUUUGGACCAGAUUAUGAUGUGCUCCAUGUAUGGCAUAUGCAAAGUGAAGAAUAUAGACCUUAAAUUCAAAAUAAUCGUAACUGCAUACAAGGACCUUCCUCAUGCUGUGCAGGAGACAUUCAAACGUGUUUUGAUCAGAGAACAAGAGUAUGAUUCCAUUAUAGUAUUCUAUAACUCGGUCUUCAUGCAGAGACUGAAAACAAAUAUUUUGCAGUAUGCUUCUACCAGGCCCCCUACCUUGUCACCAAUACCUCACAUUCCUCGAAGCCCUUAUAAGUUUUCUAGUUCACCUUUACGGAUUCCUGGGGGAAAUAUCUAUAUAUCACCGCUGAAGAGUCCAUAUAAAAUUUCAGAAGGUCUACCGACUCCAACAAAAAUGACUCCAAGAUCAAGAAUCUUAGUAUCAAUUGGUGAAUCAUUUGGGACUUCUGAGAAGUUCCAGAAAAUAAAUCAGAUGGUGUGUAACAGCGACCGUGUACUCAAAAGAAGUGCUGAAGGAAGCAACCCUCCUAAACCACUGAAAAAACUACGCUUUGAUACUGAAGGAACAGAUGAAGCAGAUGGAAGUAAACAUCUCCCAGGGGAGUCCAAAUUUCAACAGAAACUGGCAGAAAUGACAUCUACUCGGACACGAAUGCAAAAGCAGAAGAUGAGUGAGAGCAUGGAUGCCUCGAACAAGGAGGAGAAGUGAGGAUCUCAGGACUUGGGCGGCCCCGGGGAUGCCUCUGGCUUCGUUGUCCCUCACAGAGUUGACUGCAUAACUCUCCCAGGCUCUGUUUACAGCCACAUUUAAUACAUGUCUGCAGCUCUUUUUGUGGAUGUAAAUUGUGCAGAUGCUAGUUAAUUUCCAUACGUGUGAGUCCUAAGCCACUUGCAGUGUUGCAGUCAAUAGUUUAUAGUUUGUUAUUGUACAAGAUUGAAAAUCUUGUAUAAAUCCUGCCAUUUAAAAAAUUGUAGCAGAUUGUUUCCAUUUUCAAAGUAUAAUUGCUCUGCUUUAUAAAUGGGGAGAAUGCCCCCAAAAUGGGAGUCCUGACAACUCAUGCCUAUCUUUCUGAGUACUUUGCCAUCUUUUGUAGCAUUUAUGUGAUGUUUGCUACUGUUUUUAUUAAUUUAUAUAUAUACGUAUUUUUUUUUCUUAUUUAACAUGAACACCCUUAUACAAUGUGUCCUGUCUUCCAAAUGCAAUUUGGCUAGCUGCCUCACCCAAAUUCCUCUAAAUUCUUGUAAGUCAUAUUAAAAACUAGAAAGAAAAUGGCAAUUACUGAUUUUUACGCAUUAGAUUUUACUUUACUCUUGGGAUCUGACAUAUUGUGUGCUUGUUUUAUAGCUUUUAAGUACAAGCAGAAAGCCAAGUAUAAACAUAUGAUAUUGUCGUACUACUGACACAGAUUUCAUACCUCAAAACUUGUAAGAAUUUAUUAUUCUUUUCUUCAUCCAACUCAUGCUUGCAAAUGAGGAUUGUAAUAGUACUCUUGGUUUUUAUACCAUUCAAAUCACUGAAUUUAUAAAUAUCCAUCUAGUACUUGAAAAAAGGCAAAUGUUCAGCUAGAGCUUUGCUACAGAGGACCCUAGUACAGUAGAUUUCAAGUGCACUUUCUAAUAUUUCUGGGUCCUGAAGAAUCAAGAUUCCAAUCAAUUUUACUCUAUAAACUGUUUAUAUAGGACUGUUAACUAUAUAGGAGCCUUAAUUUUUUUUCCUUAGAGAUUUAUCUAAUUGCAUCUCUUAACAAUUAUUCUGCCCUCCUAAAUUUGGGGAGAUUUGUGUUUUCUCUGGAAUAGUACAUGUCUUCCAUGUAUCUUUUGAACUGGCAGUUGUCUACUUAUCUUUUUUUUUUUUUUACAGUCAGUAUGGUCUAACACUGGCACAUUCAAAGCCAGAUUAUUUCUAGUCCAAAAUUGCAAGUAAUGAAAGAUCAUUGUGGGUUAGGCAUUGUUGUAUCGGUCUGAUUUUGUGAAAAAAACUUCAAAUUAAAAUAGCUACACUAGGAAUACAGGUGUUCCCUUACCCCACCCUUUUGUCACCUGAAGGUGUAUUUAAACUAUCUUGUGUGAUUAACUUAUUUAGAGACGUUAUAAUUUAAAAUAGGUGGUAUUUAAGGUAGCAUCAGCUAGCUUUUAGGAAAACCACUUUGCCUAAACCCAGAGUUCUUUUUAAAAAGAAUCUGGCUUUAUUUGUUAGAAAACAAAAUUUUAUUUUGUGAUCAGUUAAGUUUAAAACUUAUUUUAACAGUUUUCUUGAUAACAAAGGCAGUAGAAAGCUAUACCCCAUUUCCUCAUUAAUUUUUGCAAGAAUAUCAUACAGGUCAUUUAGCUUUUAGGUUAAGGGAUUACCAUAUUUCUGGGUCUUUUGCUAAUAAAUUCAUGCACAGAAUUUUAGAAAAUUCAGAGACCGUGUAUUGAGAUUUCUUAAAUAAGGCUUCAGAUGUCGCUUUAUGGCUUUUUUUGUAGUGGUUAAAAACUGUUUAUUUAAAAAUUGCUAUGUUAACUAUUUUCUACAAUUACUAGUUCACCUAUUUUAAAUAAAUUAGU